CCUCCGUGCGCCCUGCGUUCAGCGACGAGCGUACACGGCAGAGCGGGGAGAGACGGACCAGACUGCACCAUGACUGCACCCAGCAACACCUACGAUGUUAUAGUGGUCGGCGGAGGCAUAUCGGGGUUGAGUGCAGCAAAGCUGUUGAAAGCCAGCGGACUGAGCCCUGUAGUCCUGGAGGCCAGAGAUCGAGUUGGUGGUCGUACCUUCACUGUGCGGAAUAAGGAGACAAAGUGGGUUGAUCUGGGCGGGGCUUACAUUGGUCCGACUCAGAACCGCAUCCUCCGAUUGGCCAAAGAGUACGGAAUAAAGACCUACAAAGUCAACGAGCAGGAGAAACUGGUGCAUUAUGUCAAUGGAAAGUCUUACCCGUUCAAAGGCUCCUUCCCCCCCAUGUGGAACCCCAUCGUCUUGUUGGACUUCAACAACCUCUGGAGGACAAUGGACGAGAUGGGCAAGGAGAUCCCCAGAGAGGCUCCCUGGAGAGCUCCCCAUGCUGAGGAGUGGGACAAGAUGACCAUGCAACAGCUCUUUGAGAAGAUCUGCUGGACCAGUACUGUCCGCCGCUUUGCCACACUGUUUGUCAAUGUGAACGUGACCUCUGAACCCCAUGAGGUGUCCGCUCUCUGGUUCCUCUGGUAUGUUAAACAGUGUGGGGGAACCAUGAGGAUCUUCUCCACCACUAACGGAGGACAGGAGAGGAAGUUCGUAGGUGGCUCCAGUCAGAUCAGUGAGUGCAUGGCCAAAGAGCUGGGCGACCGCGUGAAACUGCAGUCCCCGGUCUACAGGAUCGACCAGAGCGGAGACAUGGUGGAGGUGGAGACGGUGGACAAACAGAUCUAUAUGGCCAAGUACGUGAUCGUGGCCACCCCUCCUAGCCUGAAUCUGAAGAUGCACUUUAACCCUGAGCUGCCCCCGCUGAGGAACCAGCUGAUCAACCGCGUCCCCAUGGGCUCUGUCAUCAAGUGCAUGGUCUACUACAAAGAGAACUUCUGGAGGAAAAAGGGUUACUGUGGCAGCAUGGUGAUCGAGGAGGAAGGGGCUCCCAUUGGUCUGACGCUGGAUGACACAAAGCCUGAUGGGACUGUACCUGCCAUUAUGGGAUUCAUCCUCGCCCGCAAAUGCAGAAAGCUAUCAGAGCUGACCAAAGAAGAGAGGUUGAGGAAGAUCUGUGAGGUCUACUCCAGAGUGCUGGGCUCAGAGGAGGCUCUGCAUCCGGUGCAUUAUGAGGAGAAGAACUGGUGUGAAGAGCAGUACUCUGGGGGCUGCUACACAGCAUAUUUCCCCCCAGGAAUCCUUACCCAGUAUGGCAAGGUGCUGAGGGAGCCAGUAGGCAAGUUGUACUUUGCGGGCACAGAGACGGCCACAGAAUGGAGUGGCUACAUGGAAGGAGCGGUGCAGGCUGGAGAGAGGGCGGCCAGAGAGAUCAUGUGUGCGAUGGGUAAAAUCCAACCGAAUCAGAUCUAUCAGAAUGAGCCUGAGUCUCUGGAAGUCCCAGCACUCCCCUUUGUCACCAGCUUCUGGGAGAGAAAUGUGCCUUCAGUGGGUGGUCUCCUGAAACUGAUGGGAGUCUCCACCUUCCUGUGUGUUGCCACCGCAGCCGGCCUGGUGGCCUGCAAGAAGGGCCUCCUGCACCGGUGUUAAACUGCCCACACCGUCAUAUCUCUCCUCUGCGUCUUAAGUGGGCACAUCUCAAUAGACACUGUACUUGUGUACUUCUAGUGCACUACUUUAUGGCCUAAACUACAAAGUAGUGAACUAUAUAGAGUAUAGUAUACUGUUUGAGACUCACCCUGCUAUAAGAAAGACUGUUCAGCUCAAACUAAACACUAAUGCACCAUCACCCAGUGCACUGCUCGUGAAAGAGAGAGAGAAAUAAAUGCAGUAAUGGCCUAAUUAGAAGUUGAGAGAGGUUGGUUUGAUAGGAAUGAAGAAGACCUAACUACAGUUUAAAUACUGAAGUUUUAACAGAUUAAGUUUCAGAUUGUAAAAAUUAAAGAAAAAGAUCAGAAUCAGUUCUUAAAAGGAUAUAUAUAUAUAUCAACAUUAUAUACUGUAUAUGACCAUUAACAUUCCAUUCAUUGCCAAUGAAAUUCACAACUUUGAUUACAUGAGUUUCUUAACCCUCCUGUUGUAUUCGUUUCAUGUUAAUUAAUUCUGUGUUCCCGGUCCAAAAUGACCGCCCCUUUAUAGCUGAUUAUAAAUCUAUAAUCCAUUAGAUCUUUUUAUCAACUGAAGGUUUUUUUUUGAACAUUACAAGUUUUGAACUUCUAUUUGCUAUUAAAGGCCUUAUUGACCUGAGCUCAUACAACUUGCUUUUUAGUAAAAAAACAAAAAAAGCAUGUAUGGAUUAUUUUGACUUGGAAGCCAAGAAGGGAAGUGUGUGUGUGUGUGUGUGUGUGUGUGUGUGUGUGUGUGUGUGUGUGUGUGUGUGUGUGCUCAAACACACAUGCAGGUCUGUGAGCAGGUCCAUCUGAUGAAUGGGCAUUUGCCUGAACUCAGUUUUAUACACCAGUUGUAGUCUCACCCAUUCAUUUCUAAUGACAAGUCAUUUUUGAGCGGGAACACCACUAUAUAAAAAAGUUAAAUGAAACACCCAAAAUUUAAUGAAAAUUAUCAAACAUUAUUUUGUGUGUUUAGAUGCCCUGUGUCAUGACACCUUAUGACAAUCAGAUUAAAUUAAUUACAUUUUUCAGAGAGAAAACUUGUAAAUCGGUCCAAUUCGACCAGAACACAACAGAAGGGUUAAGUCAUCAUGCUUACUGUGUAUGUAUGAGCUUUGUUUGUAUGUAUGCGCACAUACUUUGGUGAGCAUGCAUUUGUAUGUGAGUGAGUGAGUGAGUGUGUGUGUGUGUGUAUCCACUGUGUCUAAUUACCUCUGCUGAUUUUAGGUGCUGAUUUAUUCUGGGCAAGCAGCUGUAGCUGUUUGAUGAGAUCCAGUAAUAUCAGAAGAGAAUAGUUGUGCCAUUGCCCAUUACAAAAUUACAGAGGAGGAUGAAGGGUAAGUCUGGUGAUAUCUAGUAUUUUCUUAUUGUCAACAAAUCCCAUGAAAAGGCUAAAAGCAAUGAACUGAUCCCACAACAAGUGUUGCCUGUGUAACCAAAGCCUGAAAUAACUUCAUUUGUGCCAUAGAGCUCCAUUGUGUCACACAUUGGUGAGCCACACUGGACAACAUGUUCCCUCAUUGUGAUGAAAAUGGGCACUGUAGUUUAUUCUAAGUUAAUCCCACUAAGUGAUACAAGAAAAUAUGUAUUAAUCUGCAAUGGAAACACUCUUGUUCUAAGACAGAGUUGAAAAAUUGUGAACUUAUCCUUUAAAGAAAGGUGGAAUUGGUUUUUGGAAUCUGUGCUUAUUCGCCCCCAGCAGCCGAUCCAACUGUACAGACAUUGACUGUAACUAGCUAGCCAGCUAGCGAAGCACACACAAGUGUGUUUAUACGACAGCCCAGACUCUUAGUGAUCUCAGAACUCACCGGGAAAUCCAGCUUUUUGUCUUUUCCAGGAUUUUCUCAUUUUCUUUCUUGUCUUGUUACAUUAAUGAAGUAUAUAUUUGUGACCCAUUUUUAAAGAUCUUCAUUAGGAGCAAACAGGGUAGGGAAGUUGGAAAUUAUUAACACACUAAUUCAUCGUUAGUUUUCAUGGGAUUUGUUGACAAUAAGAAAAAAUCAUAUAAAGAAUGAGAAUGAUAUGGCCAGCCUUAUCCUUUAAGGUAAAACCUGUAUUUAGGGGUAAUGUUGUGCUACUAAGCUGCUCUGUAUGGUUGUCAUGGUAAAUGUAAUGAAAGCAUUCGAAUGUAUUUUCUUCAGAUGAGAUAACACAUAAUAUUUGUUGCUGUUUUAUUAUAAUCAGAAUUUUGACAUCUAUAUUUUUUACUUUUUGUGAUUCAUGAUUUAGAUUAACACAAGGUUUAGUAUUGUACUUAACCAAAAAAACAUAUAUACAAACUUUUUUUUUUUUUUUUAAAGCCCAAAACUUGUCAUCAACCACAUUUGUAAACCUGUGUGAAGUGGAAAGAUGUGACCAGCCUACAGUUCCUCUGUGAAGGCAUCCAACAAUUUAUUGACUUACCAAGUAAAAGUUUUAUUGCGUUAUUUACUUAAAGAGAAUCUAAUGAGUUUCAAUCACAGAAGAUGUAGCUUAUGUUUUAAAUGAAAUGUCUUAUUGCUUUUUUAAAUUGUUUUUCUUUGAGAAAAGAAAAUUGCCUCUUUUUGAGAUAAACUUUAAAAAACAGAUGAAUAAAUGAAGGAUUAUACCCAGAAAGGCUCCUGACAUUUGGAGAAACAAAUUCAUUCUUCACGUGAAAAAACACAGCUGACUACUUGCAGUAAAUGUUAAUUGUUGACCGUGUUGCAAGCACUUCUACACCAAUCUAUAAUGGUUUGUACUUUGAUGUUAGCAAUCAUUUGUCAGGGGAAAAGUCGUGUUUUUUGCAAAACAAUUAAAAUAGGAUUUCGGGUGGAUCUCUUCAGGUGGAUGUGAAGAAAACCAAUCAAUACAUGACUUUCUUCUGUUAGUGCAUCUGUUUUUCGAGGGCACUGCACUGUGUGUGCGGCUCUGUGUGCCCUCUGCCAGUCGUGCUGUUCCUGUCCCAAAGACGGGUGUGUGUUGUAAGUGUAGUAUCUGUCGUGCCUUAAUGGAAGUCGUAGUGUUUUUGUCAUUUCUCUCAAGUGCCUGUGUGACUCUGACACUCUUUGCCCUUGCUCCCCUCCCCCUCCCCUCCCCUCCUGCCUGCACUGGAGGUGAGAGGUCAGAUGGACCAAGUCGUUGGUUUAAGGCAUCUUUAGUAACUAUCAGUAUACAGGGACCAGCUUAACAACACCUUGUCCCUCCUAGUGUGUCCAAAACCUUUCAUUUUUAAACUUUCCCUGUAUUACCUGAGUUAUGUCCUCACUGUAAACUCAGGUAAAGCCGGGUAUGUAAACACAGUGUCAGCUGUGAAUAAUAGAGCUCAGACUGUUGGGUUGAUCAAACUACUUAUCUCCAGUGAAGCCAAGUUUGUGUGUGUUUUGUAUUGUGAUUGCAGUGCUUCACUGUGUCUCCCAUUGUGGCGGCCUCAUGUACCCCCUCUAGCUGCUUAACUUCACCCUCUCUCCACUGACCUUUGACCUUCCAAACCUCACCCCCAAGACCUACACGCUCAUCCCAGCACAUGCACUGGUUUUGCACUCUCCCCAAACAUGGGGGGUUCUGUAUUCAACAGAGAAGGAUUGGACAAUGGUGUCGCUCACAUUUUAACCCGUUUCUAAAAGUGUGCAUGUUUGCGGUUAUCCGACUUCAGUAAACGAGAAAAGCACACUCUGUCCGUCCUUCCUAACUACAAGCACCAAACCAUCAGCAGACAUAAUAUAUGGUUGUUCACUAUCUGAUCCUCACUGAUUGUUUUCUGGAGACCUGAGACUGUUCCAUCCCUCUUGUCCUUCUGUGCAUAUGAGCCUCCUUGACUAUUCCUGUGACCCAUUCUUUGAUGUCUUUAAUUCCUCAAACAAAGCUGGUGAUAUUUAAAAGAAAAAAUGUGAAAUAAAUCUUUUACUCGUCUUAAA